UACUGUGAAUGAACUUACAGUCCGUCAGGUGGCGUCGGAACACUAUUUUAAAGUGAAAAGUGGGAGUCAGUCAUCUGUCUAUUUAUAUGACUUGUGCGGUUCCUCCCGUUAUCGAAUCCGCCCCGGAACUUGUUAUGAACUUGAUGAUUUAGCGAGCGACAUGUCAAUUAAUCUGACGAAAAACAAAGAUGCCUUGGUGGCCGCUUGGCACAGCGUGGUCGACGACAAAUUGUCUACUAACUGGGCUGUGUUUGGCUAUGAAGGACAGACUAAUAAUUUAAAAGUUAUCGGAACAGGAGAUGGUGGAUUGGAAGAAAUGAUUGAUCGAUUGAGUAGUAGUCAUAUUAUGUAUGCAUUUUGUAAAGUUAUUGACACUAAAACAAGUCUACCAAAGUGUUUACUUAUUAAUUGGCAAGGAGAAGGUGCUCCAAUUGUUAGGAAAGGAACAUGCGCUAAUCACAUCAGAGACAUAGAGAAAUUGUUGAAAGGAGCACAUAUAACAAUCACCGCACGUUCUGAAGAUGAUGUAGAGGUAGACACGAUUAUGGAAAAACUUGCGCGAGCAACAGCUUCCGCAUAUAAGUUUAACGAACCACGUAGUGAAAAUGAAGGACACACAGGUCCUAUAGGAACAACAUAUCGCAGAGUAAUUCCUGAACAAGAGAUAAAUGCAACAGAAAGAGAUCAGUUCUGGGAAAAAGAAGAAAUGGAAGAGAAAAAAAGAUUGGAACAAGAGCGGCUGCGUUCUGAACAAGAGCGGCAGAAACUGGAACGAGAAAUCCGAGCUCGAGAAGAAAAGGAAACGCAACUGAGGGAACAACAAGUCACUGCUAAGGAAAACUCCAUUGCUCGUCAAAAGAUGGCCGAACAGCGUGCCGAGGAAGCAAACAAUUUACGUAAUCAGUUAGCUGCUCAAAAUUAUAGCAAUGAUAUUGAAGACGAUCAUAAAUCGCGAAGUGAAGAAUUACGAAGACAAAGAAGCAAAGAAACGCAACAAUUGAUAGCUCAAAGAACUAUAAACGCUCGAGCGAUAUUUGAGCAAAAUUCAGCAGCUGGUCAAAUGAAAACGAGUUCGGCUCAGCAAUUUUUACCUAAGAGUAAUCAUGUUGAAUCCAUGAGAAAAGCAUUGGAAGAGGCUCAGAUAAAAGAUCAGCCUGAUGUGAAGUCUCGCGAGGAAACAUCUGUUGGUAAAAAAUCUACAAACGCGGAAACAGUGACGAUUUCUUCGUCUGCAGUGCCUCAAUCUCAAAAUACCAAUCAGGAAUUGAAAACCAAUACUAUCAAUCCACAGCCAGAAUCUGAACAGGCAACAGAGACUAAAGAACAGAUCGCCGAAAAUGAAUUAUAUAAUCAAUUAGAUGGCCCGUACUUAUAUUUCGAUCCAAAUAAUGAAGGGAUGAAAGCUAGAGCUUUGUAUGAUUACCAAGCCGCUGAUGACACAGAAAUUACAUUUGAUCCUGGAGAUAUAAUCACACAUAUAGAUGCAAUUGAUGAAGGCUGGUGGCAAGGGCUUGGACCUGAUGGAACUUACGGAUUGUUUCCCGCUAAUUAUGUUGAAGUUAUCGAUUACAGUACGACAUGAUAAGAUAUGUUUUCGGAAAAAUUUAUCAAGAUCAUUUUUUAUUUUUCCCGUAAUUACUCACAUAAUUUACAUAUGAAAUAUUGAUAUCAGUUCAAUCUUGUCUCUGAUAAUUGCUUAUGUUCUGCUAUUAUGUUCUAGGUUUAUAAGUCAAAUUGAACUACGUGAUAAAGUGAUUUUGAAUAAUUAAAAAAGAUUUUUGUAAUGGUUUUUGGAAUGGUUUAUGCUUAAUGCAUAAUAGCUGAAAUGCACAUCAUCGUAACGUUUU